GAGUGCGCUUGAGUGCAUCGAUGGUUCUCGAUGUUUUAAAAAUUAUCGAUACCGGACAUAGUCGAUAUUCAAUGUGAAUGGUGUUGUGCGAUAUUCGAUUUGUCGAUAAGUAAGAAUAAAAAAUGACGAUCCGAAGCAUGACGGUCACUGAGUCAAGGGAUGACAAGGAUAGCAGUUGCUUAAACGGGCCCUACAAAUUGAGGACCAAACUGAUAAUCUCGGUGCUGAUCGUCCUCUUCAUAGCUGGUGGUCUCACCGGGUACUUCCUAGGGCUAACAGACAAGGGCAAGCCCUCGGAGCCUCCAGACCCGGUGCUGCGCCUCCGCCCUUCGGCCUCCCUGCUGCACACGUUCAAGAAGGCAGCAGUCUGCACGGAUAACCCAGCAUGCUCGGAGAUUGGCAGAAACAUCCUUCAACAAAAUGGCUCCGCGGUGGACGCGACCAUCGCGGCCAUGUUCUGCAACGGCCUCCUCAACCAGCAGAGCAUGGGCAUCGGGGGCGGGUUCUUCAUGACGGUCUACAUCAGGGAGGAGGGGAAGGCGUACUCCAUCAUCGCCAGGGAAACUGCCCCCGGCAGCGCCACCGUCGACAUGUACAGCGGGCAGCCGGAUAAGGCGAGAUUUGGCCCCCUAGCCCACGGCGUGCCAGGCGAGGUCCGCGGCAUGUGGGCGGCGUACCAGCGCUGGGGGCGGCUGCCGUGGGCCUCGCUCGUCCAGCCCACUCUGGACUUCUGCGAAACCGGCUUCAACGUGUCGCAGGUCAUGUACGACAUGAUCACCGUCGCGCCGUACGCUAAGGACGAUCCGAUUUUGAGGAGGCAGCUUUUCGACACGAAGGCGAAUAAGUUCCACCCCCCGGGCACGAGGGUCAAACCCAGCGCAGAGUGGUGUAGGACUUUGAAGAUCAUCGCAGAGAAGGGCGGAGAUGAUCUAUACAAUGGAACAUUGGCUGUGGAGCUGCUGGACGACUUGAAGAAAGCCGGCAGCAUCAUCACAGCUGAUGACUUGAAGAAUUACAAAGCAAAAGUAACAGACCCGAUAGCAGUGAAGUUAGCCAACGGUGACACCCUCUACACCCCUCCUCCGCCGAGCAGCGGCGCGGUGCUGGUCAACAUCCUCAACAUCCUCAGCAGCUACAACUUCACAGCAGACAGCAUCAAAGGCCUCGACAAUGAAGUCCUCACAUACCACCGGAUUAUAGAAGCUUUCAAAUACGCGUAUGCGGUGCGCACGAAGCUAGGAGAUACGGACUUCUUGGAUUUACGCGAGUACAUCGCCAACAUAACCUCGCCUCAAUUCGGAAUAGAGGUUCGACAGAAGAUCAACGACACUCUGACCAGCAAUGAUCCAGAAUACUACGGCGCGGAGGGGUACAGCAAGGACGACCACGGCACUGCGCAUAUAUCUGUGAUGGCCGACAACGGGGAUGCGGUCUCGCUCACUAGCAGUAUUAACUAUUACUUCGGCGCCGGCUACGUGACGGAAAAAACCGGCAUCAUCCUCAACGACGUGAUGGACGACUUCUCAUCGCCAGGGUUCACCAACCAGUUCGGGCUGCAGCCCUCGCCGGCCAACUUCAUCGCGCCGGGCAAGCGGCCGCAGUCAUCCAUGUGUCCCAGCAUCAUCGUGGAUAAAGACGGCAAUGUCAGACUGGUGAUCGGCGCCGCGGGCGGCACGAAGAUUACCACUGCUGUUGCACUGGUCGCUAUCAGAAAGCUGUGGUUCGGUGAGACGGUCAAAGAAGCCAUCGAUCAUCCGAGAUUCCACCACCAGUUGAUUCCCAUGACCAUCAACUAUGAAUUUGGUCUUACACAUGACAUACUAGACGGCCUAAGGAGUAAAGGGCAUAACACCACGCGGUACCGCGACCGAGGGUCCAUAGUAUGCGCCCUCUACAAGAACAAAACGGCGAUUUACGCCAACUCAGACUUUAGAAAAGGAGGUGAUGUAGCGGGCAUGGACUAGACUUUAAAGAGAAUAAAAACGCGUUUUAGUGUCAUGAUUUAUAAUGAAUUGCGCGCACACGGAAAUUACUGGCACCCGGAAAGAAUCCACAGAUAACAUUUUUUUUCUUUAAAAAUUCUUAAGCCGCUGAACCGAUUU